AAUUCAAUUUUCCAAAAAAAAAAAAAAUCAAGAUUGGAUUUUUAUAAGUUUCUUGAUUGAUCUGCAGCUUGUGAGGUUUUUCAGUAAAUUAGCAGAAGCUCUCUCUGCUUUUUUACUGAUCAUGGAAGAAGAGCUUCAACCACCCUUUUUUGCUGUUAAGUUUACGGAGCACGUUGUCACCACUAACAAGUACUACUGCAUCAACCACCACCGGAGAUCCACCAACCUCCGCCGCAGGAUUGUCAGGAUAGUCCUGAACGACGCCGACGCCACUGACUCCGACUCCGACGGUGAUGACGAGUCCAACGCCGGCGGCUUUGCGCGCAGAGUCGUCAGAAGACACGUGGAGGAGAUCAAGUUUGAAGGUUCACCGGCAACGGCGGCGGCGGCGCAGGUUACUAAAAAGGACGCGAAGAGGGGACGGGAUCCGCCGGUGAGUGAUGAGUUGUCUAGCCGGAAAAAGUUUCGAGGAGUUAGGCAGCGGCCGUGGGGGAGGUGGGCCGCCGAGAUCCGGGACCCUAGCCUCGGGAAACGGGUCUGGCUCGGGACGUACGACACCCCGGAGGAAGCCGCCUCCGUCUACGACAGAGCCGCCGUGGAGCUGAAGGGCUCCGCCGCAGUCGUCAACUUCCCGGCCGUCGUCGUGACGACUGAAUCCACAACGACGGAGAGCGAGUCCGUCUCGUCUGCAAACGACGCCGCUUUGUCCCCAACGUCCGUACUCCGUUACGAGGAGAUGACGCCGUUCGACGGGAUCGGGGUUGACUUCGGGUUCGACGUUGACUGGCCGUUAAGUUUGCCGGACGUUGGAAUGUCGGGGAAUUUCUUCGCCGAGGAAUUCGGUGAGUUUGACUUUGAUGACUUCAUCAAUGACCUCAGAUGACGUGUGCACGUUAGGAGUGGGCCAUGUGGCCUUCUACUAUUCGUCGAGCUCCUGAUGUGACGUGGCAAGUUGGCGGGAAAGAGCGCUGACUAGUCAAACUGUAUUGCUGAGUGUGUGUGUGUGUAAUAUAUACGGCGAUUUUGUGAGGAAAUUUUGUUCCAUUAUUUAAUAGAUAUGGUUGGAAAUUGAGCCGAGUAUUAUAUUAUUAUUUUGAGUGAAUAUUUAAAAAAAAAUGUUUAAACU